CCUGUCCCCGCCACUUACCGACACGAGCCGGGGAGCUAGCUGCCGCCGCCACUUCAACGGAGCCCAGACGCGAACGAGAAGCCGAGCGGGUCUGCGUGUUGCAGCCAUGGGGAGUCGCGUGUCCCGAGAGGAGUUCGAGUGGGUCUAUACGGACCAGCCGCACACCGACCGGCGGAAGGAAAUCCUGGCAAAGUAUCCAGAGAUAAAAUUGUUGAUGAAGCCGGACUCCAACCUGAUCUGGAUCAUCGUUGUGAUGUUCCUCUCCCAGCUGGUUGCGUUUUACUUAGUGAAAGACUUGGACUGGAAAUGGGUCAUAUUUUGGUCCUAUAUCUUUGGCAGCUGCCUUAACCAUUCAAUGACUCUGGCCAUCCAUGAGAUUUCUCACAAUUUCCCCUUUGGCCACCACAAGGCUCUAUGGAACCGCUGGUUUGGAAUGUUUGCUAACCUCCCUCUCGGGGUUCCAUACUCCAUUUCCUUUAAGAGAUAUCACAUGGAUCACCAUCGAUUCCUGGGAGCUGAUGGCAUUGAUGUGGAUAUUCCUACAGAUUUUGAGGGCUGGUUCUUCUGUACCACUUUCAGGAAGAUUGUCUGGGUUAUCCUUCAGCCUCUCUUUUAUGCUGUUAGGCCCCUGAUCAUCAAUCCCAAACCAGUUAGUUUUCUGGAAAUCAUUAACACUGUGGUCCAGAUCACUUUUAACAUUAUAAUUUACUAUGUUUUCGGAAUGAAAUCUUUAGUCUAUAUGUUGGGAGCCACCAUUCUUGGCCUCGGUUUACACCCAAUCUCUGGGCAUUUUAUAGCCGAGCAUUACAUGUUCUUAAAGGGACAUGAAACAUACUCGUAUUAUGGACCUCUGAAUCUACUCACCUUCAAUGUGGGCUAUCAUAAUGAACACCAUGACUUCCCGAACGUCCCUGGGAAAAACCUGCCCCAGGUGAGGAAAAUAGCAGCUGAAUACUAUGAUAAUCUCCCGCAUUACAACUCCUGGGUCAGAGUACUGUAUGAUUUUGUGAUGGAUGACACAAUAAGUCCCUAUUCACGGAUUAAGAGGCCUCCAAAAGGGAACGAGGUUCUGGAGUAAAUACCAUCACAGCCAAAAACAUUCCUCUCCAAAGCUUCAUAAUAGCUGAUAAAGUGGACUUUCUGCCUUGUUACACUUACAGUCGGCGAUGCUCAGAAGCUGCACUGGCAUAAUUUCCACCUGGGGUCUCGUGGUACGAGGCUGAUCAGCCUCAGACAGCCCGACUCCUGCGCUCGCUCACCUGUACUCAUGCGUUGUAUUACUGUUACUGAGGAUGCCUUCACUCAUGUCUGUCAUACUAUAAACAUUAUAAAAAGCUUAUGUUAUUUUUCACUAUAAAGUUUUACCUUAUUAAACACCUAAUAAACUGAACUGCUAAUAACAGUA